ACGACCAACUCGUCGUGUCCUUCCGCGGAACGGCCAGUACGGACAAUGCUUUGACGGAUCUUAAGGCCAAUCUGGUGUGCAUGUGUGGGGUACCAGGUGCACUGGGCAAACACUCGUGUGAGAGAGGCUCGGAAUGUCGAGCUGACAAGCCCAUACACAGUAGCACGAUUAACUAA